AUGAGUUUCUAUCUCCAGAAUGAAAGUACGGGAGUAGAUGAGGAGCAGGGAAUAUCAUGGACAGUCCAUCUUGAGCCAGCUGAGGAGAUUGAGGGUGUAGUUAACCAGUCAAACUUCAGAAGACUUGAAGAUUCUGGGAUUCGAACAAACGUUAUAUUCACAAAUGCCUUUACUGUUGAACCUUGUGGAGAAGAAUCUGCCAACAAUAGCCCAGAGUAUCAAGUAAUUACUGAGAAUAGAGAUACCAACAAUAGGAUAAUGCUUGCAAUCGUAGUUAACUUGCUGAUUAUGAUCUCUGUGUUUUGCUUAUUUACUACAAUCCUCGUUCAGCUGCUCAGGGACUGGGGGAGUAAAUGUGAUAGACAGCUGAAAACUUGGUGUAUAGUUUGGUUAUCACGUUUCUUGCUAACCUCAGUUAUUAGAUCAAUGUCAAUAAUUAUCUUAAAAGUAUAUCAAAGUCCAUCGCCGUUUAUAUUGGUUCUUAUUGUCAAUGUUUUGCAUAUCUUUGGCAUUGCAUGGUGGUUUUAUGGAAUUCAUUUAAUAUAUUCAAAUCCACCAGAAUUAACGUGUAGAAAGAAUUAUUCUAUCGCAUUAUUUUUGUUUUGGUUCCAGUUUGUCCAAAUUUUUGUGCCUAUUUUACUCCCGAUACUACUCUGUGUACUUAUUCUUUACAUUCUACAUAGAAAUGGAAUUCGAACAGAAAAGAAGAAUGUUCCCGAAGAGCUACUGUGCAAAAUUCAGGCUAUUCCUUUCAAUGAACACAUUAGAAACCUAAGCAAUAGUGCUCACGUCACAAUUUUUGACGAAAAUCAGACUAUUAUUGAAACACAGCCAUAUUCAGGUAAUCUAUCUGAAUCACAACUAAAUAUUAAGGAAGAUGGAAAUUCUCUCAGCUAUACUAAAGAAAAGAGUAUCACAAUCAGUAAAUCAUGCCCGAUCUGUGUGCAGGAAAUAGAAGACGAUUCAACUAUCAGAGUCCUUCCAUGUGAUUCCAGACACAUCUUCCACUUAGAGUGCAUUGACGGAUGGUUUAAACAGAAUUGUGUUUGCCCAAUUUGUAGAUCAGAUGUAGUUCAGCUAUUAAACGAAACUCAAGCUAAGUAA